AUGGGCCAGGAACUGCCAGGGGCUGGGCACUGCCCAGCACCUCUGCUGAGCACCGCCGGGCUCACCGAGGGUGCUGGGCAGGGACAGAGGGCUGGGCAAGGUGACGGGCACUGGGGAUCCUGUCUGGAAGAAAUCCUGGCACUAGAGGUUGGGGGGACCUUGCCACCUUUGUGGGCUGCCAUGGGCUGCUGCAGGGUGCCCAGCAUGGUGCUGGUCUGCCUGUUCCUCCUGUGCCCGCUGCCCUCACCAGCCUGCCCUGCCGCCUGCCACUGCUCCCUGGGGGAGGUGGACUGCAGUGGGCAUGGCCUCCGCGAGGUGCCAAGGAGCCUGUCGACCAACACCAGCAGCCUGUGGCUUGGCUACAACUUCAUCGUGCUGCUGGGGCCACACUCCUUCCCUCCUCUGCCGGAGCUGCUGCUGCUCAGCCUGCCCCACAACCACCUGGAGAUGAUCCACAGCCAGGCGCUGGUGGGGCUCAGGGCGCUGCAGGAGCUGGACCUCAGCAACAACUUCCUAACCAUGCUGACCCCCGAGACCUUCCUGCCCCUCUCCAGCCUGACCGUGCUCAACCUGGGCAGCAACAGGCUGAGGGAGCUGGAGCCUGGGGUGCUGGAGAACCUGCCCCAGCUCCAAGCUCUCCUCCUGCAGGACAACCCCUGGGUGUGCAGCUGCAGCAUCCUGCCCCUCUGGCUCUGGCUCAGCCACAACAGGGAAAAAGUGCAAGAGAAUCGUUCAGUCCUCUGCAGAUUCCCGGAGUAUCUGAACAAAUAUCCCAUCAUGGCCUUUGGGAAUGAGUCCUUCAGGCAGUGUCAGACCUCACUGUCCACCCAGCAGUACGUCAUCUUCUUGGCCAUUGGACCCUUCUCCUUCAUGGUCAGCAUCUUCUUCUGCAUCUUCAUGGGCUCCAUCACCGUGGCCUACCACAACCUGUGCAGGGAACCCGUGGUCUGCAGGAGCUCCCCCGUCAGGAGGGGACACAAAGGCAAGGCAACAAAGCUUUAG